AUGGCGACCCCCGUCCCCACGGACCUUCAUGCAGUGCUGGACGUUGCCAUCGAAGCUGCACGUGACGCUGGUGCCCACAUGAAGUCGCAGCUGAGCACGUCGCGCGUCGAGAAGACCAAGUCGUGCGAACACGAUCUGGUUACAGUCGUGGACCAGCAGUGCCAGGACCGCGUGUUUGCUCGGAUCAAAGAGUCGUUUCCAAGCCACGAGUUCCUAGGGGAGGAGAACGUGGCACCUGGGAGCGAAGCCUCAGCUCAAGCCCUACAGGAUCUAGUGGGCAAAGAGUGGCUCUGGAUCGUGGACCCGAUCGACGGGACCACCAACUUUGUGCACCACCGACCAGCGAGCGUCGUGUCUGUGGCCUGCGCCCAUUGGGGCGACGUGGUGCUGGGCGUGGUCUACGAUCCGUACCGGGACGAGCUCUUCAGUGCGCAAAGGGGACAAGGCGCGUCGUUGAACGGCCACCCGAUGCACGUGAGCGACGAGACGUCCUUCGCUGAUGCUUUGGUGGGCUUUGGCAUUGGCACGAAGGCCAGCGUGAGACUCCCGAUGCUCGACUGUGCACGGGAGUUCUCUGCCCGCUGCAGAGGGUUGCGGCUGCAAGGAGCCGCGGCUCUUGAACUCGCCUGGACAGCUGCGGGCCGUCAAUCGGCCUUUUACGAGCUGGACCUGAACUCGUGGGACGUGGCAGCAGGCGCGCUGUUGGUGGCAGAGGCCGGAGGACUCGUGACGAACAGCGACGGCGCAUCGUUCUCGCUCUCGACGCGCAACGUCGUGGCGUCGAACGGCAGAGGCGACAUCCACGCGAGUCUAAUUGAGCUCAUUGGCAAGGCCGACGCCGGCCAAGUGCGCGUCGAAGCUGCCGGGUAG